AUGUACUUCCUUCGUUUUGUCGUCGCGGCAUUCUUGGCUCCGUCUAUAUUAUGUUACGAUGCGGAGUACGACAAAUUGGACGCCGAUAAAAUGAUUGCUGAUGAUGCAUUGUUUACUUCAUAUAUUGAUUGCUUUCUUGAUAAGGCACCCUGCACAGCUGAAUAUUCUGCUGAAGUCAGAAAAUUACUUCCAGAAAUUGUAAAAGAAUCGUGUAGUAAAUGUUCUCCAGUACAAAAGAAUACCGUGAGAAAAAUAGUAAAAUUCCUGUUUGAGAAGAAGCUGGAAGAUGCUUUGGAGUUUAAGAAAAAAUACGACCCAAAUAGCGAACAUGAGGCUGAAUUUACAGCGUUUGUAACCGGUUCAGACUAA